AAUAUAGGUUGAAUGCUUAUAAUAUCACUAGUUUCUGUCUGUUAAACAUGCUUGUUAAAUCUUUCUUCAUUACGAUAUGGAGCCAAAUCUUAUUAGGAACUAGGAUAUCUCUAGACUGUGCAACAAGUUUAUUAUUUGGAAUCAUUUAUUGUAGGGAAACACGUAAAAUAGAAUGCGCUAAAAAUCCAAUUUUACUGGAAAGUGCUACUUCUUUAGCAGAGAAGAUACGAAAAAAACAGUUGAAAAGUGUGGAGGUAAUUGCAGCGUAUAUUUCUAGAAUCAAGGAAAUUCAACCAAUAUUAAAUGUUGUUGUAGAAAACAGAUUCGAACAAGCGUUAGAAGAAGGGAGAAACGUGGAUGAGUUAAUAGCUUCUCAAAUAUAUACAGAAGAAGCAUUAGAACAGCGUUUUCCCCUUUUAGGUGUUCCCUUUUCUUCUAAGGAAUCAUUAGCUAUUAAAGGUAUGAGAGUAACAUGUGGACUAGUUUGGAAAAGCGAUAACUUAGCCUCUGAAGACUGCGAUGCUGUAAAAUUGUUGAGAAAAGCCGGUGCUAUACCUUUAGUUACUACGAAUGUACCGGAAAUGUGCGCAUCUUGGGAAUCGUACAAUAAAGUAUACGGUCGUUCUAAAAACCCUUAUAACAUUAAAAGAACUGUCGGUGGAAGUAGUGGAGGUGAAGGUGGUCUGUUAGGAGCUGGAGGAUCUGUGAUUGGAAUUGGUUCUGAUCUCGGUGGUAGCAUUAGAAUUCCUGCUCUCUUCAACGGAAUUUUUGCUCAUAAGCCAAGCAAACGUAUUGUGUCAAUCAAAGGGAUAUUUCCACAGUUUUUACACGAUAACGAAGAUUAUUGCGUUGUUGGGCCUAUGACUCGAUAUUCUACAGAUUUAUCAUUAAUGAUGAAAGUUAUGGCAGGAAAUAAUGCAUCGCGACUGAAGCUUGACGAAAAAAUUUAAGGAAAAUAAGGAUAUAUUAUAUGAAAUCUGACGGUGGAAAAAAUCCGUUAUGUACUCCGA